UCCGUUUCUAACAUACAUGUAUAUAUAUGUGGGAGUGGGAUAGACAACCAUCAAACUCAGGUCUUCCUAGUCUAUAGUUAUUAGCCCAUCCGCAAGACUAGAAAGAUGAGUUUCUGCUAUUACCACCUCCGCGUUCUGUCGUUACUACUGUUUUUGUUUCUUGGAAUCAACAAUGCAAUGCCGGAACUUGAAGAAUACAAGACUUACAUAGUCCAUAUGGACCAUUCACAUAAACCAUCGUCAUUCUUGACCCAUGAAUCUUGGCACCGAGCCACCCUGAGAGCAUUGUCAAAUCCGGUUGAUGACAAAGAGAUGCUGCUUUAUUCAUACAACCAUGCCAUGCAGGGGUUCAGUGCCAGGCUCACACCAUCUCAAGUAUCAGAAAUCAAGAAAUCUCCAGCUCAUAUUGCCAUACACGAGGAGAGAUUCGGCAGGUUGUUCACCACUCACUCCCCUCAGUUUCUUGGAUUAAAGCAUUCUUCUGGGUUGUGGAAUGCGUCAUCAUAUGGUGAAGGUGUGAUCAUAGGAAUGAUUGAUUCAGGAGUCUGGCCUGAGAGUGAAAGUUUCAACGAAAAAGGUAUGCCACCAAUUCCCACGAGGUGGAAGGGCAAGUGCCAGAAUAGUACAAGUCAUUUUCGUUGCAAUAAAAAGCUUAUUGGUGCCCAAGUAUUUAUCAAAGGUAUUCAAGCUGCUGGUAAAACAGACUCCCGAGACGAUUCACCAAGAGACUUCUUGGGACACGGAACACACACAUCAUCUACUGCCGCUGGUAACCAUGUACCAGGUGCAAGUCAAUUUGGAUAUGCAAAGGGCACAGCCAGAGGAAUUGCACCACGUGCACAUGUAGCUAUGUACAAAGUCUCAUCUGGAGGAUAUAUUGUAGAAAGUGAUGUUCUUGCUGCUAUGGAUCAGGCGGUUGCAGAUGGUGUUGACAUCAUGUCAUUAUCUCUAGGUUUUGAUCAGACACCUUAUUUCCAAGAUAUCAUAGCCAUUGCUUCUCUUUCAGCAAUUGAGAAGGGGAUUGUUGUUGUUUGCUCUGCUGGGAAUGAUGGAGCACCUAAUACUACGCACAAUGCAGCACCAUGGAUUACAACUGUUGGGGCUGGGACACUUGAUCGGAGUUUCUCUGCGACAGUGACUUUGGGGAAUGACCUAACCUUCGAAGGAAAAUCAGAGUUCCCAGACCGUGUUAUAGUUGGAGAUACACCUUUGUACUAUGGAAAAGGUGAUUUUAACAAAACAAUAUGCAGCUAUGGAGCAUUGAAUGAGAGCGAAGUCUUUGGAAAGGUUGUCAUCUGUGACAACACUAACAGGUUUAGCAUUUUUGAACAAGCGGACGAGCUUGCAAGAGUUAGUGCAGCUGCAGGAAUACUUAUGGAAGCUUGGACCCUUUAUGGCGUUGAUGGACUCAGCAUUCCCAGCCUGGUUUUACCAACUUCUUCCGGUGCUUUGAUUAGAAAGUAUGCCAUAGGGGCAGCUGGUGAGGCAAAGGUAAAAAUCAUGAGAUUCGUGCUCACAAGUUUCGGCACCAAGCCAGCACCACAAGUGGCUGAGUUCUCCUCAAAAGGACCAGACCCACUUAACCCAAACAUUCUAAAGCCAGAUAUUAUUGCUCCAGGGGUCCGAGUGUUGGCUGCAGUCCCACCAAUAAUUCCAGUCGGAAUACUUGGCAACCAUGAAUUGGCUUCAGAUUAUGCAUUAUUUUCAGGCACAUCAAUGUCAGCACCUCAUGUUGCUGGAGUGGCAGCUUUACUGAAAGCUGUUCACCCUGAAUGGAGCCCAGCAGCUAUCCGUUCAGCUUUGAUGACCACAGCAGAUACUAUUGACAACAAUGGAACUACUUUGACAAAUGAACUGACUAACCUUCCCGGAACACCUCUAGAUUUUGGGGCAGGUCAUAUCAAUCCAAACAAAGCCAUGAAUCCCGGACUCAUCUAUGACAUAGAUUGGCAGGGUUAUGUUGAUUUCUUAUGUGGCCUAGGCUACAACGACACAGAGAUGAGAGCUAUUCUUAGACAAAGCCAAUGGAAUUGCAGCCAAGAGGGAACUGACCUAAACUACCCAUCCUUUGUUGCCAUAUUUAGCAAAAAUGCUAGCUCCCCAAAUGUAAAGAACUUUACCAGGGUUGUGACAAAUGUGGGAGAUGACCAAUCAGUUUACCAGGCCAUUGCAAAAACUACCAAUGGAAUGUCAAUCAUUGUAGAGCCAACCACUCUAACCUUCACAAGCAAAUAUCAAAAGCAAAGUUAUGUUGUGAGUGUACAGAUGGAUGGAAAAGCUCCUCCAGUGGCCUACGGUUAUCUGAAUUGGGUUGAUCAAAAUAGCCACAUCGUUGCAAGCCCUGUGGUAGUCCUGAAUUUCUAACUGAGAUUGUUAGCAUAAUUAUUGAUCUCUAAAUCCUGUUAUUGUUUUUCCUCUUGUUUCUUAUCGGGUAAAUCUUGAAGAUUUAAGCCUUAUGACAGAUCAGUCACAGAUUCAUGUUGAAAUAAUGUUCUUGGUAGAAGACAAAUAAUGCUUCCAAUUUCUUAAUUCUAUAUGAACAAGCAAACCUGAACUGGAAUUUGGAGAUCUAUAUUAUUCAUAACAACCACAUAUAUUGGCAGUAGAAUCAUUCAGGAAAUUUUAUUCUUUUCUAACGAAAAAAAUGAACAACAAGGAUCUGUCUCUUAACCUUGUCCAACAAGGAUCUGGCUAUAUAUUAUUUUUGUUACAGGGAACAAAAAACCCUAGGCCCUCAAGAUUAUCAAGAAAACAUUUUGAUAUCUACAUGGAUCAUUGCCAAACUGAUAGGUAUAAAUGCCUAAUAAAAGCUAUCACUGAAGGUUCCUUCUGUCUCAAACUAAUGAAGUGUAAAAGGAAUCUAUGCUAACUCUAUAACUCGGUUUUCUGCUUUAUUCUGGAAACGGUGAAGCAGUACAACAAUGUGAAACAUAUUGGCAAGGAUUAAUCACCAGUCACCACCUUCUAGUUGCUUCUUUAAUUCUUGCACAGCUGCAUGACAUAGAAAUAGAUUGAUAUUAGCUAGUUCAC